AUUACUAACAGAAAAUAUCUAAGUAUUUAAUUUAAAAAAUAUAAUUUGAAAAUAAUAAUAACUUAUUUUUAAUGAGUUAAACAAAUAAUGAGUAAAAAUUAUCAAAGAAACAAAAACAAAGUCUUAGGAAGAAAACAUGCUUUAGGUGAAAGCCAAGUAAUAUAGCUUUGUAUUCUUCAUUAAGAAUUGGUGAAAACCUUAAAAAUUAGGAAAUUUAAUUUUUUAGAAGAAGAAAAAAAAAUACUUUUAUUAGAAUCUUGAACGGGUCAUAAAAAUUAGUCUUUGACCCCUCAAACACUCUAAAAAAAUAUCAUUCGAGGCUUAUAUUAAUACUGUUCUUCCUUCUCAUUUACAAGUAUGAGUGAGUUCUUCAGUUUGCGUCAUUUUAUUUUUCAAAGCAAAGUUUUUUUUGUGUAUGUAGAUGGGAUGGUGGAAGAAGAAGAAGUCACGAGCGGUUGUUAAAGAACAGACGUGGGACAGAGACCAAUGGAGAGGAGAGAAAAUUCUAGAAGCGCUAAUCCAAUGCUGUGAUGGCAAACCAAAUCCCAUCAAAUUCUUCACUGCUGAUCAAAUCCUCAAAGCCACUCAAAAACAUUUUUGCAAUCGUGUUUCCGAAUUAUAUUUUCAUGGGAAAUGGUAUUCAGGUACGCUCGAUGACCAUCGCAUGAUUCUACUUAGGAAAAUGAAGGGAAGAAGUCCACAUCCCCCUAGAGACAUCUGCACUGGACCUCCUAAGGACGUAGCGAUAUCUUCGAUGGUGAGUGGUCACAAAAAUUUCAUGAAGUUGGUUGGGUGCUGUUUUGAGUUUGAAUAUCCAGUCAUAGUUUAUUAUGGUGGAGAGAGACAGUACUCACCUGUAGAUUUGAAUAAGAUAGUGUCAUGGAGAAGGAGAAUGAAGAUAGCAGAGGAAGUUGCAACUGCUUUAGCUUAUCUUCACGUUGCGUUCCCAAGACCCUUUGUGUAUAGGAACAUGGGGUUGAAAAAUAUAUUAUUAGACAAAAAUGGCGUAGCGAAGUUGAAUGAUUUAUCUUAUUGUGUCUCGAUUCCAAAAGGAGAAACACAUGUCAAGCUUACUUGGGCUGGUAAAGACUACGAUUACAUGGACGAUGAUUAUAUAUUCAACCGCGUAGUGUCGGAGAAAACUGAUGUUUUCGGGUUUGGAGUUUUCAUGCAAAAGCUUUUGACCGGAGAAGAAAAUUUUGAGGAGCUUUGUGGUUGGAAGAACUGGAGAGAGAAAAACAAGUUCCCAAAGUGGUUGUCCACGUACAUGGGAGAAGGAAGAAUGAAUGAGAUCGUAGAUCCAAAGAUGAGUGUGGUUUUAGAAGAAGAAGAGCGUUGUCUAAUGGAAGCUUUUCUUGUCCUCUCAGAAAGAUGUAUUGGUCUUAGAGGGGAAGUUCCAAAAAUGGUGGAAGUGGCUAAGGAACUAAGAGCAUCAGCAAUGCUAGAAACUUUUUUUGUUUGUUAAGGUAAAAAGU